CUCUUAAAUUAUAUAUAAAGAAGAGAGGAAAUCCAGGAGUGCACGAAAAGCACCCAUCGCCUACUGGGUCUAAAAUAAUUGUCCUUGUUGACCCUUCUUCCCCGUUCUUUCUCCGCUCUAAUCUACUCCCUGAAUUUUUCUCCGUAUAGGUUAUGGAGGGAAGAAUUUUGUUACAGGGUGUUAUAAUUAUGUGCUUAAUUGCCUGUUCAACUGCUAGAGAACUCAAAGUGAAGGAUCAAGGGACAAUCUACAAUCACACUCUUGCCACCAUAUUGGUGGAAUAUGCUGCAUCGGUCUAUGUGUCAGAUUUGACAGAACUAUUUACUUGGACAUGCCCAAAAUGUAAUGAUUUGACGAAGGGGUUUCAAAUUUUAGAGCUCAUUGUUGAUGUGAAGCGAUGUCUACAGGCAUUUGUGGGGGUGGCUCCAGAUCUUAAUGCCAUUGUAAUUGCUUUCCGAGGCACUCAGGGAACCAGCAUACAGAAUUGGAUAGCAGAUCUAUACUGGAAGCAGCUUGAUAUAGAAUAUCCUGGAAUGGAAGAUGCAAUGGUGCAUCAUGGAUUUUAUUCUGCUUACCACAACACAACAUUACGCCCUGGAGUGCUAAGUGCUGUUGAAAGUGCAAAAGAACAGUAUGGAGACAUUCCCAUUAUGGUGACAGGACAUUCAAUGGGAGGGGCCAUGGCUGCUUUUUGUGGAUUGGAUCUCACAGUAAAUUAUGGCUCGCGGAAUGUUUCAGUUAUGACAUUUGGACAACCUCGAAUCGGGAAUGCUGCUUUUGCGUCCUACUAUAGCAAAUGGGUGCCAAAUACAAUUCGGGUCACACAUGAACAUGAUAUUGUCCCUCAUUUGCCCCCAUACUAUUACUAUUUCUCUCAGAAAACUUAUCAUCAUUUUCCUAGGGAGGUGUGGCUCCAUAACCUAGGCUUUGGACUUCUUUCUUAUACAGUUGAAAAGGUCUGUGAUGAUUCUGGGGAAGACCCUUCUUGUAGCAGGUCAGUAGCUGGUAGAAGUAUUAAGGAUCAUCUGACGUAUUAUGGUGUAAGAUUGGGAGGUGAAGAAUCAGGAUUCUGCAAAAUUGUGAUGGAUGAUCGUCUUGCUGCAUAUGGCAAAGUUGAUGUUGAUGGAAAUGUCAAUCUAUCCAGAGAUUUUUCUGCUUCUGUUUUGAGGAUGAAUGUUGAAUCUAAUGAGGAAGGGCGGUCAAUAUAGAGGUUUUCUGGGAUUAUUUUCUUGCUUUUUGGG